AUGGCAGCGGCAGCGACAGCGACAGGACCUUCAACUGCUGCCAUGGCAUUGGCCGCUGUCAGCAGCAACAACCCAGACAAAUGUCAGGCAAACAGCAACACCAGUGCAGCCGCCUCCGUUGCCAAUCAAUAUGAGGAGAAUGUCGAGCAUUUGCGCCAACUGUUCAGUCACAACCAUUUGGUGUCCUUUCAAAUAUCUCACAUCGAGUGCAGUGCGGGGAGCAGCAGUGGAGACAAUUACAUGUCUGUGGUGAAGCGUGUGAGCAUCUACGAUGCCGGGGAUGCGGCCUACGAGGGCAGUGAAAUGGCGCCGGCUUCGUGCCGCUGCACCGUUAUCAUCAAACGACAAAUUCCGAGUCUCUCUCGGCGCCAGCUCUAUCGCUGCGAGGAGGCCUUCAGCAAUGAAAUCAACGCCUAUCGCCAUGUCGUUCCCCUCCUUCGUCGCUACAGCAAACAGCAAUUGUUUCCCUACUGUCACAUCGCGGACACCCACGAUCGGGAGCAGGGCACCAGUGGAGAGCCAAUCAUUGUUUUACAGGACCUGAAGACAUUGGGCUUUCACAUGCAGAAUCGCAUUGCCGGCCUGGAGCUGCGACAAUGUUUGCUGGUCAUGAAGAAACUGGCUCAGCUACAUGCCGCCUCUUUGGCAGCCCAACAUUUGGAGUCGACACACUUUACAGAGCAAUGCGCGCAGCUGAACGAGAUUGUCUAUUGUCCGGAUGCGGCCGACUUCUAUUCCCGCAUACUGGACACCUCGGUGCAGCAGGCAUUGGACAGUUUGCACGCCUCGAAUGGGGAUGGCAGUCUAACAGCGCCCAUUAGUCUGAUCGAGCAAAUGCAGCCUCGCCUCUUUCAGCAACUGCAGGACGGCAUCAAUAUUUCCAGCAGUUCCCAGAUGAGCGUCAUUUGCCAUGGUGAUCUGUGGGUCAACAAUAUUAUGUUCCGAUCACAGCCGGAGGAGGCCAUCUUCUUCGAUCUGCAGGCCAUGCGCCGCACCUCGCCGGUUUUCGACAUACUCCACUUCAUCUAUACGAGCACGCGUCGUCAGCUGAGGGAUGUACAUACGGACACCUUACUGGCUGCUUACGCCGAGAACUUGGCCAGAGAACUGGACCAGCAGUUGCGACACACAUCUGCGUCCCAUCAGUUGAACAAUCUUCACGAAACCUUUUCCCUGCAACGCCUAAGUGCUGAGUAUGUGCGUCAUGUACAUUAUGGCUUGGCCAUAUGUAUGUGGAUACUGCCCGCCGUGACUUUCGAUCCGGAUAACAUACCCAAUUUGGAUGUGAUAAGUGAGCUGAACUUGAACGGAGCUAAAGAGAUAAAAUGCACACAGAAACUGACGCAGGAAUAUCAUGUCCGAAUUAGGGAAUUAGUUCUAGAAUUCUACGAACACGGCUACCUGAGCGUGGAACCUUGUACGUAGUCAAUUGUAGAGAUGAGCAUGAAUUGAAAACCCUGAAGGUCUUUCCAUUUUUCGAUAAUUCUAUUGUGAAAGCUGUUCUUAGGAAUGUACAAGAUUAUAUUGCUUUCUGAUUUUAGGUGCUCUUUAAAUACACGAUUUAUUUAUAUAUAAAUAUUCCGGACUUCAAUAACGUAUAUAUAAUCUCAUCAAGAUAAAUACUUCAUCACCAUUCAA